AUGUCUUUCGACGAUGAGAAAAUCAUCGAUGAUUCAUCGGAUGCACAUUUGAUACCUUCGAACCAACUCAAAAAAACUGCCCGUGCAUGCAUCAGGUGUCGCUUCAGGCACACAAGGUGCCCUGGGGGACAACCUUGUCUGAAAUGUCAGAUGGCAAAGACCAAGUGUGAGUAUGUUGAGUACGAAAAGCGAUUAGUAGUUUCUCGGAAGUACAUAUACAAGCUUCAGGAAGACAUCGCUAAGCUCAAAAAGGAAAAUUCAUGUCUCAGAAACAGACUUAAGGAAGAACAGCUCAAAAACACACAUGAUCUUCCUCACACUAGCCCGUCUGACAGCUUAUCUUCUGGAAAUCGCCCAGCCGAGCUAUUCGAGCAGACGUCUUUCUCUUCUGCGGGGCCCAACCCUCGAUUCGAUCCAGAGAAUUUUGAUCCCAAUAAUGAGGUAAUAGACCCCUCUCUUGAAAAGUAUGGAAGAUUGAUUCAAUCCCAAACAGGAGAAAAACUUUACGUUGGGUCCUCCUCCAUGACUUUGUUCGGACUCGAGAUACAGAAUAUGGCACCCGCUCUCCCGUCGUCUAACUUACUUCAUCUUCAUUCCUCGGUUCCUUCCCCCGCUGAUGUUCCCAGUAGUCAAUUAAAUGCGGGAUCGCUGUCACAAAUGGAAGGACAUGCUGAUAAAAAGCGAGAGACCAGAAUUCUUGAAAAAGAGGGAAACGCUUACAAUAUUACAUUGGCAAAAACCAAUACCCGCCCUGGUCUUUCGGUCAACUUCACGCUUCCGUCAUAUUCUUACGCCAUUCUUUUGGUAGACACAUUCAUAAAUUAUAAUGACGGAUGCUUCUACUUUUUCAACGAAGGUUUAGUGAAAAAAUACCUUAUGAACUUGUAUUCUGGUAACAACGAGGAAAACAAAAAAAUUAUAAAACGAAAUAUCUCGGGCAAAAUUAACCCAUCUGAUUAUGAAAAUCUGAUUAAAAAAGAUACGGAUGACGACACGAUUUUAGAAACAAUCUGGUUUUGCAAAAUCUUGUUAAUUUUUGCUAUUGGCGAGAUGUAUCUUGGUACUGAAUCAGAUACGCACAUAAGGAACCUGAAGCAAGAUACCAUAAACACUUUUGCAAAAAAAAAAAGCAAGAAGAAGGCAGACGGGGAACGAAAUACUUUGCCGGGUUCUGGUUUUUUCUAUCAGGCGUCCGAGCUAUUCACUGGUCUUUUUGCAUCCGGAGCAAUUGAUAACAUCACAAAAGAUGGAGGUAUCGAAGUGAUGUUACUUUACGCUUUUUACCUUCAAGUUGCUGAUUGUACAAUAGCUUCUUAUUUCUAUUUUGGCUUGGCGUUACGCUCUACCUUGAUCCUUGGGUGGCAUGUAGAUGCCGACAAAGAUAAUCUAAACAGGUUUGAAUUGGAACACAGAAGACGCAUAUGGUGGACUGUUUAUAUGUAUGAGCGUAUGCUCUCAUCUAAAGCAGGUUUACCGUUAAGUUUUGCUGAUGAUAGCGUCUCCACUGAAUUACCCUUUGAUUUCAACAUCAACUUGAGCAACACUUCUAAAGACGAGAAUGAUGUGAGAAGCUCUUACAUUUUUCCGUCUUCUGAAUACAUCAACAAUUGCGUUACCAUUACACAAAUCAACGCUAUUAUUCUAUCGUCGCUUUACACCAAGCAACCCACAGCUAACAUCCUACCUGUCGUCUCGGACUUAGUCCAACGUUUGUUUAAAUGGAUGAAUUCUCUACCGGAUUUUUUGAAAGUGGACUUUUCUGUGAGCAACCCAAAUAUCUCUCGCUUGAUUGUAAACCUUAUGACGGAAUAUUUCCAAGGAAUGAAUCUAGCUGUGAGACCAUUAUUAUUUCAUUUUGCUACAAAAAAAUUGAAAGAAUUGCAGUCGGGAAAUCAUGAGUCGAAAUUCAUUGAUUUAUCGAAAUACUCCAAGAAUGUUCUCACUCUAUUAAACGCAUCAUUUCAGGCCUCGAUUAACACAAUCAAAUGUAUUUGGGCACUAUUACCGCAGAACAUGGUAGCAUUGUUUGGCUGGAUGGAUCGCGAAUACUUGUUUACGUCAGCCUCCACAUUGAUUUUAUUCAACGCUUCUUUUGGAGUACACGAUGCAACGAGGGAUCACUUAGAUCAUGCAUUGACCCUUUUCACCCGGAUGAAAAAAUUAGGAAAUUAUCCAGCUGCUCUCAGACGAGCUCAGUUGCUUAAAUUGAUCAAAGUGCUUGAUUUCAAUGGAGUCAUGUACGAUCUUUUGCAGAAGCACGAUGAUGGAUCUAAUUUUCCAUCCAUGGAUGAAGCUAAGAUGGACUUCGAAGAAAAUUUCUCAAAUCAUGUUUCUGACUCUGUAUUCAAACAGCCUAGUCCCGAAUAUUCUAACCCGCCUGUUGUGCCAGAACCACUUCGCUCAGAUUUGGACUUCAUUCAGUUUAAUGGCCCUGUUCCAUCUGCCACACGGCCAACUUCUAAUCGACACACACCAACUAUCGCUGCAUCAGAAAAUCUCACUAAUGAGAAUACUUUUGGCUCAGCUAUGGGAUCAAAUAUAGGAGGCGAUUUCUAUUCAAAUUCAGAUUUAGCAGGUAUUGAAGGAGUUACUUAUGUUGAUGAAGAACAAAAGAUGUGGAAUGAAAUCACUAAUGAUGCAGGGUGGUUGCAACCCUCAGGGAUGAGUGGAGUUAAUUCAUUGGGCAUCGAUCAAAAAAGUGGCAUACAAAAUGAUUCUUCCAGUCAUCAUAAAGAGCCAUUGAAGGAAAAUCAUGCGCAACAAAGCUAUUCAAUGAGUAACAUCGUUGGUGCUUACAGCGAUAUAAUUAACCUGGAGUUUCAUCAUGACGCCUUCUAG